AUGCGCUCAUUCUUGGGGAAUCCAAUGACCAUGACUGGCUUUAUUCUUUUGGGCAUCACAGAGAAUCCAGAGCUGAGGAAAAUAUUAUCUGCCUUAUUUCUGAUUAUGUAUUUGGCCACCGUGUUUGGAAACUUACUCAUUGUGCUAACUGUAAUGUCAAGCCAGAGCCUACGAUCACCCAUGUAUUUCUUCCUUAUUUCUCUGUCUCUCAUGGAUGUCACCUACUCUUCUGUCAUUGCUCCCAAGUUGGUUAUGGACUCUCUCUCCAUGAACACUACCAUCUCCUUUGAAGGCUGCAUGACCCAGCUCUUUGCUGAGCAUUUCUUUGGAGGUGUGGGGAUCAUUCUUCUCAUUGUGAUGGCCUAUGACCGCUACGUGGCCAUCUGCAAGCCCCUGCACUACACCGCCAUCAUGAGUCCUCGAGUGUGCUACACGAUGGUGGGAGGGGCUUGUGUGGGGGGGGUUGUGCAUGCCACCAUCCAGCUUCUUUUCAUGUAUCAAAUACCAUUCUGUGGCCCCAAUAUCAUUGAUCAUUUUAUGUGUGACUUGUUUCCAUUGUUGAAACUGGCCUGCACAGACACACACACCCUGGGUCUCUUAGUGAUUCUCAACAGUGGGGUGAUGUGUGUGACCAUUUUCCUUAUUCUCAUUGCUUCCUAUGUAGCCAUCCUCUGCUCCCUGAAGUCUUGCAGCACUGAGGGUAGACGCAAAGCCCUCUCCACAUGUAGCUCCCACUUCACAGUGGUAGUGUUGUUCUUUGUGCCUUGUAUUUUCUUGUACAUGAGGCCUGUGGUCACUUACCCCAUAGAUAAACCAAUGGCUGUGUCUUUUACAGUUGUUGAGCCAAUGUUAAAUCCUCUGAUCUACUCCUGGAGGAACGCAGAGGUGAAGAAUGCCCUGAGGAAACUGUGGGUGAGAGGAAGGACCAGCAGUGGUCACUAG